UUCAUCUAUCAAUUUAUGAAAGUCUGUGAUAUGGCUGUGAGUUCAUAAUUAUUUAUAAAAUAAAGGUAUUUUCUAAGGAAUAUACAUCCAGUAUGAUAUCCAGAAAAGGCCAAAAAGCAGUAAAUGAAGGCGUUGUUGGGAAAUACAUCAAAAAAGAUACACCGCCAGAUUUACCAAUAAUAAAUGUAUGGACUACGGGUCAUAAUCGGCGCCCGCGCAGCCAGCCGUUUGGGGCGAGUGAUGGAGUAUCCAGCAGCCACGAAAACAAAUUUGGCAAGGCGCAGACCAUGAGCGGUCACGCAGGCAAAUAUACGCCCAGCGAGUCAGUGCCAAAUUUAGCUCACAGAUUUGCUAGUUUAUCGACCAGCGACUCUGCCAGCUCUUCAAGUAAUUACAACUCCCAGUGUUUCUUAGAUUCUAAUUUGGCUUCCCAUUCCACGCUUAACGAAAUAGAUGACUCAUUCAGUAGGCAGACCAGCCACAGGUACUAUAGGCAUCAGCAAGAAGACCCCAUAUACCAAAACCAACAGCAGGUACAGCAACAAAAGCAGCAGCAGUAUGGGUCCCGCGAGUCCAGCAUACCGCGACUCUCAUCGAACCUGAGCCUGACUCCGCGUCUGCACCCGCCGCAUACGCCCUCGCCACACUCCAUUCUCCACACCUGUAGUGACUCGUACACAGUGGGGAGCCAAUCGUCGCCCAUUUACUCCAAUUACGUGAACACAUCGGUGCUGCCGUACAACAGCAAAGCUCAUGGCAGCAGCAUUAUUGCUACACAACAAGGUACUGAGGAGGAGCUGCCGCUCCCGCCGGGCUGGUCCGCGGACCGCACGCUGCGCGGGCGCCGCUACUACAUGGACCACAACACGCAGACCACGCACUGGACGCACCCGCUCGAGAGCGUGCCGCAGCCGUGGCAGAAGGUGUCUACCCACCAUGGAGUCUAUUACUUCAAUGAAAUCACUCACCAGCGCACUUAUGCACACCCCUGCUUAGUAGGGGGUUGUUAUUUAGUGAGCCCUUACGUGCCGACGUUGGUGCCGCCUUAUUUGCUAGAAGAGAUUCCACAUUGGCUAAUUGUCUACUCAAAAGCGGAUCCAGAAAUGGACCACAAGUUACGGUGGAACAUGUUCCGGCUGAGCGAGCUGGACUGCUACUCGGAUAUGCUGACGCGCCUGUAUAAGCAGGAACUGCAGCUCAUUGUUAUGAAAUAUGAACAAUACAGAUCUGCCCUGUUACAAGAAAUAGAAAGGAGAAGGCAUGCUAUAACAUGCCAUGCACAUUCAAAUUGUUAAUAUACAAAUAGACAUAUCAAUUUAAUAAUCUUUUGCCUUGUUGAUCUGUGAUCCAAAAUAAUGUAUCUUUUUGACAAAUUUUAUCAGCUGAUGCUUCAUAUGAAAAUAAAAUUUUAUAUUAAGAAAAAUACACUAACUUGUGCCUUAAGAA